GCACGGCCAUACACCAAAAACAAAACAUACACAAUAAAAUACACGUACACAAACUCAUAAUGCAGAUCCAAAAACUCUGUUUUUUUGCUCUGUUCAUAUCUUUGUUCAGCUACAAAACCAUUUCCGCCGUCAAAUUCAACUUCAACCAUUUCGACGGUACAGAUCUAAUCUUCCUCGGGUACGCGGAGCUGGGACCAGCAACCGAUGGCAUGAGCCGGUCCGGAGCUCUCUCCAUGACCCGUGACAAAAAUCCUUUCUCACAUGGUCGAGGUCUCUACACAGAUCUAAUCCCAUUCAAAUCUUCCAACAACAUUUCUUCUUCUGUUUACUCUUUUAAAACAUCUUUCACUUUCUCUAUCACUCCUCGCCGGUCAAACCCUAACCCUGGUCAUGGUCUCGCCUUCAUCGUGGUCCCAACCAUACACUACGACCAAGACUCAACCCGUGGCUUCCUUGGUCUAGUUAACCGCACAACCAAUGGCAAUCCUAAUAACCAUCUUUUUGCGGUUGAAUUCGAUGUUUUCCAAGACAAACGUUUUGGUGAUAUUAAUGAUAAUCAUGUUGGUAUCAAUAUUAACUCUGUUACCUCAAAAGUUUCUGAGAAAGCUGGUUAUUGGGUUCAGACAAGAACUGGAGGAAACAAUCAAUGGUUGUUUAAGGAAGUGAAGCUUAGUAGCGGAGAUAACUACAAAGCUUGGAUCGAGUACAAGAACAGUAAAGUCAUUGUUUGGCUCGCACCUGCCCAUUUAAAGAAACCGAAGAGGCCAUUGAUCGAAACACAAGUUGAUCUCUCUGAGGUGGUUCUUGAAACAAUGUAUACUGGUUUUGCUGGUUCGAUGGGUCGUGGCAUCGAGCGUCACGACAUUUGGAGCUGGAGUUUCGAGAACACCGCCAAAAACAACUAGUUCGGUUUAAUUUAUUUUAUUUUGGUUUGAUUUAUGUUUUGGUUUUGUUCUCUUUGUCACCGGUUUAACAAUUUUCCUAUUUUCUCUUGAAUUUAUUCAAAAGUGGUUUAAAAGAGAGUACAAAAUGUCAAAAUCAAAUUAAAAUUACUUUUAUCGA